UCUCUCGGCAUCAUCUCGAGUCAGUGCACAGUUUUCCGUAAUUCAGCAAGCCGUGAAUCCAACGAUGACUGACCAGCUUUGCAAACUUUUUGUCGGAGGUCUCAACGUUGACACCGACGACGAUGGUCUUCGCAAACACUUCGAGCAGUACGGUUCCCUCACCGACUGCGUGGUGGUGGUGAACAAGCAGCUGCAGCGGUCCCGUUGUUUCGGCUUUGUGACCUACUCGACACCAGAGGAGGCCGACGCAGCAAUGGCGGCAAGGCCUCACACAGUGGACGGCAGCGGCGUGGAGGUGAAGAGGGCCGUGGCGAGAGAAGACGCGAACAAACCAGAGGCCCUCGCCAAGGUUAAGAAAAUCUUCGUCGGUGGAUUGAAAGACGACAUCGAGGAGGAACACCUGACCGAGCAUUUCUCCCAGUACGGUGAAAUCGAGAAGGCCGAAGUCAUCUCGGAGAAGGAGACCGGGAAGAAGAGAGGCUUCGGCUUUGUUUACUUCAACGACCACGAUGCCGCAGACAAAGCAGUGGUGGUGAAAUUCCACACCAUCAAUGGACACAAGGUUGAGGUGAAGAAAGCCCUGACCAAGCAGGAGAUGCAGGCGUCCGGCAGGAGCGGGAUGCAGCCGAGGGGCAGAGGGGGCCGAGGCAUGCGGGGAAAUCAAAAUGGCUACGGCGCCAGAGACUACAGCGGAAACUACAACUACGGAAAUGGCGGAGGCUAUGGCGGCGGCGGAGGAUACGGAGGGGGCGGCUAUGGUGGUGGGCCAUAUGGGGGUGGUGGUGGUUAUGGAGAACAGGCUGGCGGCUAUGGAGGUGGAAACGGCUACAACGAGUUCGGCAGCGGGUAUGGUCAGCAUUCCUCCGGCUACGGGCCCAUGAAAGGGCCACCUUUCGGUGGGCAGCAGAGGAGCGCGGCUCCCUACACCAGAGGAGGCGGAGGAGGAGGGGGAGGAGGCGGCGGUGGAUACCCACGAGGGGGCUACGGAGGCGGCGGAUACUAAUCCAACCACCCCAUCCACUGCCAUCAAUUACCUCCAGGAUUUGGACACCAAAAUCAAAUUCGUGAAAUGCCGUGAAUCCAACAAUGGCACACGGACACAGAGACCCCAUAAUCACCAGACCUCCCAACCCCCAACAGGUAGGAAGGUCACUUCCCAGAAAACCUGAUAAUAACGAGCAGCUGUUGCCGUUCAACUAGGACAUGUUAAUGAAGACUAAACAUACAGCGAUCCCUUUUUUUAUUAUGUAUCCCACGCUAAUGCGUGUAGUUGUCGUUUAGAGUUGAAUAUUAUUUUUUAUUUGCGAUAUUCGUUGUUUUGCAAAUUCCGAUGUAGGAUUGUUUUCCUGAUUAUCCUUAUUUGCAUUUUUAAAGCAAUUCGAUUUAUGUUUUCUGGAGUUCACUUUUUAUUGUACGAGGAUGAGAAAGCAUGUCUUGUGGUUCUGGAUUUCAUAGUUUGUCAUACUGAAUUACAUCCAACUUGUAUGAAUAUAUUACUUUGGCCAUUCAGCAAAAGGCGGGAACGUGAUACUGCAGGAUCCAGUUUGUUUCCCCCCACUGUACUCAAACUCUCCUCACAAAUAGUCAUAGUUUCAGUCUAAAUAUUGUUCAUUUUUCAUUUACCUGUAGCAAUAUCUAAUGUAUAUUGUAUACUUUCAUGUCUGGAGAACAAAACCUACUGUUAAAAAACUUUGGUAUGCUUAUGUAUGUUCAUUUUAAAUAAAACGUUAUACCACUUAGCUUAGUUUACUUUACUUAUUAUUUAACCAGGCUUCCUCAAGUUUAUUUACAGGUUGUUAAAGGAACAUCAUCUUGAUCCUUUAGUUACAUGGCAUCUACUGUAACAGUUUUUCCCUUACUCUCAGGUGGGUAAAUGGUUAAAGAAUAUGUAGUCUACCCACAGCCAAUGCAUGUAGGCUCUGUAGGGUUUGACCUUUUUUUUUAUUACAUUAAAUUAUGUGUUUUUUU